CUUCGCGUGUCGCAGCUCGCUCGUCGACGGGGUCCGACCUCUGCGGUACCUCUUCGUUGAGGUCCAGCCGCUCCCUAAUUCGAGGGAGUAUGAACUUCUUCUCUAUUUUUCUCUUAAGCCAUCAUUAAUCAGUAUAUCUUUGCAUUUGCAGAUCAUCGCGCAUUCAGUGUUGCGACGAGAACAUGGAUGUUCUUUGCCAACGAGACCUGGGCUCUGGUCGUGGUGCCAGGCAUAUCUGCGUUCAGGGCUUCUUCGUCGCUGCAUCUUCGUGGGCUCGGCACGUGGGUGUCAACAACGGCAAGAGCUCUUGCCCUAGCUCUCGCCCCACCUGGCUUCCGCUUCGCCCAACAAGACAGCAGAACACUGUCACACUCCGUAUUCAACCCUGCAAUUACAUCCGUCAAGAAGUCACUGUCAACUCUCACUUUCUUCCUCAAAGGGUAGCCCCCGUAUUCCAUCCUGUAGCCCACCUCCUUCCACCGAGCGAGCAGCCACUGCCAACUCGCGCCUUCCUCAAAGUCCGGCCUACAGGGGAGUCCGUAGUCGUCAACCUGCAGCUUGCAGAUACAGAGCAGCCACCGUCGACUGUCAUCUCACUCACAAUGGCCUCCAAGAAAAUUGAUGCGUACUUUCCGAAGUCAAGCAAGCCAGCAGCGGUCCAAAUACCUGAAACAGCUGCAGAUCUGUCACCACCGGAAGUCUGUCUAGAGGACCUUCAGCUGAGCUUCGAUGAGUCGCUGGGCAACAUUGAGCUCCUUCUCGCAGAGCUACCAAGUGACCAUGAGUUGGCCACACUGAACGUUCAGCUUGCAUUUUCUGCCAACCCACCAAUAGAGCAGGUCACGUCCGUGGCGAAGGCAAUUUUGACAGCAGAGUUUGCACACACAGGCUUUCACAUGGAGCCGCUGAUUACUCUCAAUGAAGAAGCUCCCUUUGACGUGGCUACACUUCAGCACGAAUGCUUCCUGGCAGACAACGGCCAGCUCAUCGGCCGACCUUUACCUCUAAAGAAGAUGAAAAUGAGCCAGGAUCGCGCCCUCAUCAUCGCAGGAAAUGGCCUCUGUGAGUGGCUACUAGUGGAUCUCCAACUUCAAUCUCCGGUCAAUGCAUUCACCGACAAGCGAGAGUGUUCUGUCACGAUAUACAGUCAUGACGAUCUUGAGUCGCAAGCGGUCUACUACAUAUCCGUUCUGCUCACACUCGCCAAGAAGCGUAUGCAUAGUCCGCUGCGCCACGCCGAUUUCGUUCUCGGCAGCAAACACUGUGUAGCCCUUGGUCAAGCUCAAGGCAAGGGUCUCCUAGGACUUGUAGCCGCGAGAGCCAUGCUCGCUCAUGCAAACAUCACAAGCACUGGUGGUAAUGAUACCACAACCACCCAGAUACGCCUCGCCUGUGCCCGCUCGCUCGAGAACAGGCUCCUCGAAGUAUGUGGUCAUCGACGGUCCACGCAAGCUUUCGCAGAACUCGUCCUUCAUUACCGUUCAAUCGACGCGGCCGUCCCACUGCCAUCGAGUAAGAAGAGACUCGGAGAACCACUCGCCUCUGGAAGUAAGCAGAAAAAGGUGCAAAAGCGGUGGAACACAGUUGAAGAGACAAGACUCGUCGCCAUGAGAGAUGUAGAGGGAAAGACAUUCGAGAACAUCGCAGCAAUUCUAGGCCGCGGUAUUCCAUCAGUGACAUCGAAGUAUCAAUCACUCAUGGGCCAACCUCGAAAGAGUCGCAAGCUAGAUGUCGGCAAGGACGACGAUCUGGAAGAGUACACCUUUCCGCUUGAAGUGAUUGGUAAAGUCCCCUGCGCCAAUCAUGAAAGAGGCUGCAUGCAUGUCGCAGCUACCUACAGAGAAAGCAUGUUUCAUCUCGACCAUUGCCUUCACAAACAGACGUCCGGACCGUACAAGUGCGCAUGGGAUCCCGAGAACUGCCCAACGUUUCCCAAUGUACAGGGAAGAACCAACCACUACAAGUCUCACAAGAAUAUUCAGACCGACAAUGACUUCGCGUGCCGGCGCGGCUGCGGAACUCGCUGGCCAAAUCCUUACCUCCUCACAACCCAUGAGUACCACUGUGGUUUCGAUACGCGCCCCAAGGGUGAUCAACCUGUCCUUGUUGCCGGCCUGAAUGUCAAGACCCGCCACACGCCUGCGCCGCCUGAGCCAGUAGGAUUUCUCGAGGCCGCGGACAACAGCACCCAGAAAUCAAACAGAAUCCGCGCCAUGGACUUCACAAAGGCCGUUGUUGAAGUGCUGACGAAAGCUUCAGACCGCCCAGUCAUAGUGUCCAUCGGCGCUGAUGGGUUCUCUUGCAACACCGCCAUGCUGCAGCCUUUCAUCGAGCGUGUACCAGUGUUCGAUCUUGUCCUUCGUCUUACAUUCAUCGAAUAUCCGAGAGAGGAGAAUGGCCCUAAGCUGACCGAGACUCUGCUGGUCAAGGACAACGAUGUGUGGUGGGGAAAGAUGAACUCAGUCGACAUCCUGGCCGGCCUGAAGCAAGAGACCUCCCUCAACGAUAACAAGCUUGUCCUGGAAGUGAUUUCGCUCUGGGAUCGGCAGCAGGGAGGGAAGGACAUGCAAAGCGCCGCACCAUCUAUUGCCGGUCGCAACACUUAUUGA